AUGACAGAUCGCUUUCACUCGCUGAGCUUCGGCGUUCCCUCGAAGGUUCUUACCUCCCAGCCUCUACCCGGGGUUGUAUAUAAGACCUCACCUCCCCAAUUCUACGGGAUUAAAGUAAUUCCCUUGAUCUCCCCUUCCCUGAGUCCCUUGCAGCAGCCCGUCACCCGGGUAUCCAGCCUGCGCACGUUUUGCCUCCCGUGGUUCGCAGAAUUGGCGGCCCGCGAUUCCCCCCCAAAAGCUUAUCACCGGGUCUCUGAGGGACGAACUCCCUAUACACGACCUCCCCCGAAGCCCGCCAACAUGAUGGCAGUCGAAACCCGCCCUAAGCAUUCCCAAUACUAUAGCCCAAUGGCCAUGGACCCCAGCAUGGUCGACAUGUUUUCCUUCCCCGUCGAUAACAUGGCCUACCCACAACUCUCCGAUUACCCGCGCGCUCCACAAUCAUACUUCGACCCAUCUGGUCUCUAUACAGAACACUCGGACCUGCCCAAGGGCUCGAAUUUCCCUGCUAUGCCUGCAACUCCCCCAUCUAUCGCUACAUCGCAACCCGAGCCUCAGAUCCCCACUGGGUCUGCUGCUUCUGGUCCUUCGAUCGCAACGUACCAUGACAACUGGGUGAACACGAAUCAUGGAUUGGGCCUCCCAGUUGCCGUGAUGCACGAUAUCUUUCCCAAUGAGUACAUGGGAAACAAUGUCGACUAUGACGGCUUCUAUCGGGAGAAACUCACAGACACUUUUGUCGACCCCAAUGUCAUUCAGCCAGUGCAAGCUGUCCCUGCUUUCACCCAACCUCUAUCAUACUCCGACCAGACUCCCACAUCCUAUCCUAUGCACAACUUCCUCCCCCAGUCACCCGCCACGUCAGAGCAGCAGCAGCAGCAGUCACCAGUCAUCCACCCAAUUCCACAGCAAUCACCACAGAUGCUGAACGGUGGGUACUCAAGGCCGGCCUCGGUCUAUGACCGAAGGUCUUCCAUUUCUUCCACUCCGUCCUGUUCUCAACAAAGCCCAGGCUUGAGCAGUGUUGACGCCGACGACGAUGUGAAGGAAAAGGGUCGAUGCCCUCACCCGGAUUGUGGCCGUGUCUUCAAGGACCUGAAGGCUCACAUGCUCACGCACCAGUCGGAGCGGCCAGAAAAGUGCCCGAUCGUGACUUGCGAGUACCACACCAAGGGCUUUGCCCGCAAGUAUGACAAGAACCGCCAUACAUUGACCCACUACAAGGGUACCAUGGUGUGCGGCUUCUGCCCAGGUUCCGGAUCACCCGCCGAGAAGAGUUUUAACCGUGCCGAUGUAUUCAAGCGCCAUUUGACUUCUCUUCACGGCGUGGAGCAGACUCCUCCGAACUGCCGCAAGCGCAGCCCCGGCUCGUCUACCAAGAAGGGCACCAACUACAGCAGCGAUGCCACUGGAAAGUGCUCCACCUGCUCAGCGACCUUCAGCAAUGCCCAGGACUUCUACGAGCAUCUGGAUGACUGUGUCUUGCGCGUGGUGCAGCAGGAGGAGCCAUCGGAAGCCAUCAACCAGCAACGGCUGGCCGAGGUGGUAUCGGACGAGGAUGUGAAGAAGACCAUGGAGAAGCAUCACUUGCUGGACGUGGCAGGCCACGUUGAACAAUAUGAUGAUAACGACUCUAACGACGAAGACGAUUCCCAUGAUUCUAACUGGCGCUCCGGCCGGGGAGGCCUCAAGUCCACCAAGGGCAACCCGGCCUCCUCGCGUCCCAUCCUUGGAAGCGGGAAUGCCAUCACCAAGAACUCUUCCACUGGCACGGGGAAGGGCAACCGCCCCGUCCCUACUCGUCGCCGCAAUAACCGUGGCAACUACCCUCAGUCAUGGGGUUGCCCGAACAGCAGCAUGAAGACCAAGAAGCGUGUUCUGUGUGUCUUUGACGGCCCUCGCCGGCUGUGGAAGGACGAGAUGAUGCUGAACAACGACUUCGAGGUCCGUCUUCGUCUUCCUGGUGGUGCCGGUGACGGGACCAACCGGGAUGCCUAUGUCACCGACCUGGACAUGGAAACCAUGAAGCGUGCCGAGGGUGUCCACAGCGCAAACGAGGAUGAGCGUGGGCCUUGGCUGGAUGGCCCUUCCACCCAUCUCAUGGGUCAACCGGCCAGGCUCUUCCUGACCCCUACCAAUCCCCGGAUGAUGAGCGUGUAUCACGGGUGCCGCCCAGCCGGCACCGCCUUAUCGAUCUCCCCCGCAUUGGCUCCUCCGAACUUCGCCCGCACCACAUCCCAACCGUACCAGGCCAUGCAACUCGGUCUUUCUGAAAACCUGUCGGCCCUUGUGGCGCGGCGCUUUAGCGCUGCCAAGGACAGCGGCCAUCUUGUUUUCUCUACAUCACACCUAUCAAUCAUCACGGCCGCAGGGAUACCGUUCCAAUUGCGCUACUGCCCAGCUCUUGCAAAGAAACCUGCCAGUCUGAAACCCGAGACAGGCCCGACGCCCAAAUUUGACCCAUUCCAAGACCCAUUACCAGAGCUCUUGCUAGCGCGGUUCCCGCCGGACAACCCUAGCCACGCCCUCGUCCUAAACAAAUACCCCGUGAUACCAAACCAUUUUCUCCUCGUCACGACAGACUGGAAGGCGCAAACAGACCUUCUCGAAAGAUCCGACCUGGAAGCCACCUAUGAAUGCCUACGGGCAUGGAACGCCGGUCGAAACGGAUCACCAGCACAAACUGACCAAGACGGGCCGGAGCGACUCUUCGCCUUUUUCAAUUCUGGCGAAGAAAGCGGUGCAAGCCAGCCACAUAGGCAUCUCCAGUUCCUACCGGUAGAAGCCAUGCGCCAGCCCGAGGCCCAUUCCUGGAAUCCCCUCAUCGAGCUCUUGGCCGCGGACGCCCAGGUCCCGUCAGCCUCCUCGCCAUUCCAUCAGCUGCCGCAGCUCCCAGUCAAACACUUCGCACUCCCAUUGCCCCCAAACCCCUCUCCAGAGACCCUCCACGCGAUCUAUCUCUCUUUGUACCGCGCCGCCGUAGCAGCGACCCAAGGUAGAGAUACGCAGCAAGGCCCGAAAGGUACCGUCUUGUCCGAGGGACCCGCAUUGAUCAGCUACAAUUUCGCCAUGAAUCUACACACCAUGAUGGUCUUCCCGCGCAGGCAAGGAACAGCGAAUGUCCCCGUCGACUUGGCCGCGGCACGAGACAUUGCCGACCUCGGUGUAGUAUCGCUCAACGGGACCAUCCUUGCCGGAACACUCCUGGUCAAGGCGGAGGCAGAAUGGGAUGCGCUACGCGGGAGCCCUGAAUAUCUUACCCACAUUCUCAACACCGUGGGCUACCCUAAGGCUGACGCGCGGGAGGUCUCGUUGCUGUAA